GCGUCUCUGACUGGUGGUGGGUGUGUCUUAAGCAUAGGGUUUCAUUCAUAAAUAGUUUUAGCUGUUAAAGCAACAUUACAGUGUUCUGCGAAGGUUUGGCGCUAUUGGCUUCUGCCUACUGUACGUCUCAAUACAUGGAUCACCUGAAUUGUAAUUAGGGGGACGCUCACGCUUGCCUGGACCAUGAGCAAUGAGUCUACCGUCUGGAACAACCUCACCGAGAACUCCACCGGGGUCCCAUUUGAGCCUGGUAAACAACAGAAUGGUUACGUCCUACUGCUGGUGCUCCUGUCCAUCUUCCUAGGGGGAACACUGGUCCUGCUAUCUGUCAUCCUGAUUGUCUCCAGACGCUGCUGUGAUGGAGACCGCAGCUAUAACAGUGCCAGUGACGACCCUGAGAAAACCAACACGACCUACACUGAGGCGUCUCAACCAGUCCAUGCAGAGAUCACCAUCCGGGUCGACGAGUCAGACUGCCUGUCGGCCGCCAGCUCCCACAUGGACAUGGAGACGGAGCGCUUCCUGUCCACGGGCACCCAGGGCGGCCGCCGGGUCUCCUUCAACGAGGCGGCGCUCUUCAACCACGGCAGGAAGGCCCUGGAUAAAGGCCGCAGGUACACGUUGACUGAGGGUGACUUCCACCACCUGAAGAAUGCGCGACUCACACACCUCCACAUCCCGCCCCUGGCCCUCAAGAUCGUCACCAUCCACGAGUGUGAGUCAUCAGAGAUCAGCAUCGCCAUGACGACCCGCCCCGCCGCCAAGUCCAGCCUUUCCAUCUUCCAGCCGGCACUGUGUGCCCUGCGGCCCCUACCCCAGACAGCGUUGACCAGUCUGAGUGUCAGCCCCAGCUCAGCCCUCCCUGGGGACACCCUCAACUCGGUGGUGGACUCCAGCUUCAGUGAGAGUUCCCUGGUCCUGGGACCCAAGGAGCCCAGCAGCAGCAUUGAGGUGAUUGUGUCUGGCUCCAGGAAUGGGGGCAGUCCGUCUUUGAGUGAUGGGGCGUCGGUGACGUCUGUGACGGGUGCGUCCCCUAGCGCGGGAGUGGGGCAGGGCCCGGUCCUGCAGUUCUUCACCAAGCUGAGGCGCCAUGCCAGCCUAGAGGGGGCCAGCCCAUACUUCAAGAUCAAGAAGUGGAAGCUGGACAGCAGCCAGCGGGCUUCUAGUCUGGACACCAGAGGGUCCCCUAAGAGGAGGCAGUUCCAGCGGCAGCGCGCCGCCAGCGAGAGCAUGGACCAGGAGGAUAACGACGCCCACCACAUGGACCUCAUCCAGUACAUCGCCCGCACCCAAGACGUCACCUACCACCCCAGCCCCUCCGCCCGCCUCCUCUCCCCCAAGCCACCACCCUCCCUCGGCAGGUUAGAGGUGGAGGUGGUGGUGGAGCCCAGCUGCAGCAGGGGCCAAGUAGCGGGGUUGAUCGGCCUGUCCCCAGAGUCCCAGGACGAGGCAGCGAGCCUGGGGGACUGUAGACAGGAGAGCUUGGCCUCAGACCACCAGGCCUUGUACAGAGACAUCUGGACGCUCCGGGCCUCUCUAGAGCAGUACGGCUCCUCAGACCAGAUCAACAACGACAGGGACUCUGUUCGCAGCGACGCCGACAGUGUCAGCUCCCUGGGGGGCCGGACCGAGAGGGGGGAACUGCCCAGGAACCCCUCCCAGGACAUCGGGGAUGAACCCGAAGGGGAUGUAGAGCUGCCCAUGGAUUAUGGGAUGGGAGAGGAGAAGGAAGAGAAGAAGAAAGGGGGGAAGCAGGACAGUGUGGAGUCAGAGAGGGUCAGUGACGGGGAGUCAGGCAAUCGUAAGCUCAUGCAGAUGGACAGUGGCUAUACGUCUAUAGAGGCUCCAUCACGGGCGCCAGAGGAGCUAAGACUGUUUGGCAGUAGUGGCAGUAUAGACAGGACGGCCCUGGAGAAGAGACACUACUUCAACAGUGCAGGGCACACUGGCACAGUGGGCGAGAGCUUCGAAGCCCGCAUCUUCGAGGAAGAGCCAGGCGAGGAGAUGCUGGUGGGUGCGACGGGCGGCAUCGCAAUAGAAACGUCCAGGUCUCCCCUGGGCUGGUCUCCGUAUGGGCAGAUGUUCACUCCACAAGAGGCGCAGCCGCACUCCCACCCACCCUUAUCAUUACACCGCCGCGACUACAGCAUCGACAAGAAAACUGACGCGCUCUUCCAUGAGUUCCUCCGCCACGACCCCCAGUUCGACCAGCAGGAGUCACCGAGGAAACAUCGCUCGCGCAUCCACCUCCGCAAACAGUGGCAGCGCAACAAGCAGUACAGUGACCCGGGCGUUCGCUACCAGUACCACUCCUUUGAGAGGCAGCGGACCCCCCUGCGACGAGGCGAUAGCGUCAACUACCCUCUGGACACAGGCUUCCACAGCACACUGCCACGCAUCGUCAGUGCGCCUGAUGAGGAGGCCAGCGAGGGGGCCCCCAGUACCCCCCAGACGCCAAAGGCCGAGGUGGUGGCGGGCAGGGCAGGAGAGGUGGAGGAAGGAGACAGGAGGAGAGUGAGUCCCAGCAGUAGUUGUGGCAGCAGCACCGUGACCAUUAGAGACCUGGAAGGGAGGGCAUCCUGUUCCCCUCCCACUGUUCCGGAUAGAGAGGGCCUGCUAGGGGAGCAGCCCAACCCCCAGGAAGACACUAGGCAGGCGGUACAUCCCAUUGAGGCCCCUUACGAGCCCCCCCAGCCUCCUGACACGGGCAACAGCCGACAGACCAUCACAGCCGAGCUGACGGACAAGCUGUGCGCCACUCUGGAUGAGCGGCUGUACACAGGCCUGCAACGGACCAAGGACACAGUGGUGGUGACAGAGUGUAUGGUGAAGGUCGUUCACGCCUCCCCCGACCACAGCCCAGUGUAGCAUGUCUCCAGUCCUCCUCCACUCCUCCCUGAUCUUUUGCGUUUCAUUUGAUUUCAGUCUACGCCGGGUAACUUCAAUUUCUCUGUCUGUCUGAAUUAGCUGGUACCAGACCAGUAACAAGAAAACAGGCUACACUAUACAGUAUCAUGUAGGCUAUAUGAAGAAUACACCCCUAGAUAGUAUUUACAGUACCAUAGUGUCUCUUACUGCUGUGAUUCCUUUCUCCUCUUAGAGAAGUGAUGAUGUAAAGAGCCAGUAUGCUCUCUGCACUAGUCUAUCCACUGUGAAACUAGGUGCUAUUAGCCUUGAAAUCAUCUCAAGAUCUGGAUAUAAGUUUAUCUGGGCGUAAUAGGCCAGUCUUGACUGAUAGGCCAGCCAAGACUGUUUAAUUGUAAUGUGAUGUAAUUUAAUCUGAAUCUAUGGUACUAGGAACAGAAACAGAUGAAUUUGAAAAUGCAUUUUUUUUCUCCCUCAUAAACGAUCAUUAAAUGGGUAUGAAGAUGCUGUCCUAAUUUGGACACCAAAUAAAUUGCAGUAUCCAUAUUAGGACCGCCUCGUCAUAUCCACACUGGAUCAGAGAAUAUUCUUCAUCAAGUAUCCUUGUUGCUUAAUGUCUGGCCUCAUGUUUCCAGAAAAGUGAUGGUUGUUAGGACAUGUUGUUGUUUGUGUUUGUUGUUUUUCUAUGCUUGUUUUACAUUUCACAGCUGGUUGUGACUGUAGUAACUGGCAUAUUGGAGGCCAGGGGUAGAACAACUUAAAUGACAGGUUUUUACCUCAUUUCUGUGCCAAAAAUACCUUGUUAGCUAAUGGAGGCAUCUCAAGUGUUACUGAACCAGGGGUUGGAACUAAAACAUUUUUUCCAAUCGUUUAGUUUUGAACAGAACCGCAAAUCUUUCAUUUUGUUCCACUGUUCUGACGAGCAAGAGUUUAGAACCCCCAAAUAAGUACUGGUUUAUAUUGUUCCUCUUUUAACCUGUCAAAUCAUGUAUUUAAUUUCUUUACAUUUAGCUCAUUAAAUGACUUCACCAAUCAGCGCAGACAGAGCAGGCAAGCUAGUUGUUUACAUGCGUGAUGGACAUGCAAGUGUAGCCUAUGGUGCAAGAUGCAACAGAAAUUUUGCGGGUGGAGAGAGCGAGAGAGGGUUGAAGUGCUGGGCAUCUUGUUAUGACAUGCAUUAUCUGAAUUCGUUCCACAGAAUUAUACCUACUUCUAUGGAGGAACGUUGAAUGUCCUUCGAGCAAGCCAGCUAGCUAGCUAAUGUGUGCAGAGCCACACCAUAAUUAAAAACAUAUUUUUUGUAGUUAAUAAAUUCGACAUGAAACAUGAUAACUAAGCCUAUAGUAUCCUUAACUAGCAUUGAAAAAGUUAAUCCAUUAUUUUCUAGCUAAUUAAAAAGGUCUCCUGACUUCUGAAUCAAGCUUGUAACCUCAGUACAGUAGCCUAUGCUUUGGAGAGGAGCAGGUGUCUCUCUCACACACACACACACACACACACACACACACACACACACACACACACACACACACACACACACACACACACACACACACACACACACAGCUUGCAGGCAGACACUGGAAUAAGUGUGAGUGAGGGCUUUGCAUAGGCGUUUUGUUGUGGGACUAAAAACAAAUGCCUGGAAUGUAACAUAACGUUAUUAAUCGGUUCCAAAGCUUUGAAAAAUAACUGGUCUGUUCUGGAACAGUACGGAUCACUUUCAUUCCAGGUUCUGUUCCUUGAAAAAUGUUGUUCCUUUGUUCCAACCCCUGCUGUUAGAAUCACACAUCAAAGGCAAGGCUCCCUUGGCCUCCCCCACAACAGUGUUGGUUAGUGCUGGUCUAUAGCUGUAAAGGUUUAAAUUAAGGCUUUGAAUGGGUCCGAUGUUGCCCUCGCAGACAUUUGCGUUUAUUGAAUUGAUUCAUAAAGGCAUACUUUCUUGUGCAUGGGUUUACCAAACAGGCUUCAUUUGUUUGCUCACUUUCUUUUCUUUCCCCUCCUUCUCCUGUGAAAGUUGAUAACGCAGCAGCGCAUCCCUCUGGGCUAUAAGGACUGCACUUCUUGUCCGUUACCAAACCAGAACAAUGUUGUUAUUUGGAGCAAAUUCCACACCUUCUCCUUUGACAUCCUCUGUGUGGACUUUGCAACCCAUUGCCAUUCAAGUGUAACCCCAUUAUCAGAUUAUGUCUUAUGUGCCAAAAGAAGGCAAGGAAUGGCAUGCCCGUUCCAGAAUUACCUUGGAAACUAUUUUGCACUUAACUGUGUAGUGGCUGGGAGUCUGCUUCUCCUACAUCCCACAAUCAGCAGGAAUAUUUGAUCAAAAACAAGGGGAGUCCCCCUCCCGUAGUUGAAGUCCACUCUGCCUGGUCUCUUGCUGAGGGUGUAACACAAUUAAGAUAGAGAAGUUGCCGUAAAUGGAAAAGAGGGAGAUAUUUCUAGCUUUCAUUUCCCUCCUUUUGGGUGUGACCGUGCUACUUCACAGCCCCGGUGAAUCAGAUAUGUUUCCUCUAAUAGGGACAUCAGAUAGCUCCUUGUUAUAGCUGAGUGGACUCACAGGCAGAAGGUACCUUAACUCAUUAGGGGAACAAUGGCCAAGAUGAAAGCUGGUGAGAGGGCUUGAAUUGGUCUUCUAGCGCGGAGGCUAGUGAUAUCCUUCCUUUCUCUCACCUACUUCACAUAGCCCACACAUUAGACAGUGCACAUUAUGUCACCAUGGGAAGGAAACCCAGGGGCUUCACAUGUCUCAGCACCAUUUUGUGUCAUUACCAGGUGCCUUUUAUGGAGGUGUUAGAACGUCAAGGAAUGAGACGGAUCCUUUCGCCAGUCGCCUUGGGAACAAACAAGAUCAGAUGCCUUUGAGGUUACUGGUUACUCAGCAUUCUCUGAUUCUUGUCAGUAAUGAGAGGAAUGGUGCAUCAUUUCUGGACUUAGCAAGGGGGUGACAACACCAACUUAAUGAAAUAGACUAGAGGCGCAAAUAAAUUAGUACAUUUGUACAAAGAGUAACUUUGUUGUGUAUACAAGCACAAUGUUGCAGGAACUAGUGUGGUCUCUUUUAUUAGGUGUAGAUGUAACUGGGGACACUGUGGUGAAAGACGUUUUGUACACAAGUAGCCUGUCCAAUGCAUUGACGCAUUACUGUGCAUAGGUUUGCAUGAUAAUUAACCGUUUUAGUACAUAUAUUCAUGAUUUCUCAGAACUACUGCACCAAAUGAAUGAUUCCAUGGUCGUCGGUCGACAGAACAGACAUUUAAAUCAGCACUGGUACUUAAGAGGUUUUUAUGUAAUAUGGAAUCUACCUUUGUUUAGGAGUCAUGCCAUGCUAACUGAUAAUCUACAAUUGAGUUUUAUUUCCAUGAAAGACAAAAAUAUACAAUCUAUUUCUGUAUUCCUGCUUGUUAUAACUGCUAUAUUUCUCAAACUAGUUAAGUAGAGCUUUAUAAAUAAAUUAUUUGUUGACCCAUAACUAUAUGAGCCUUGAGGGACCAAACAAUUAAACCGUUAUUUGGGGAUUUUCCAAUAAGUAAAUAAAUGAAUAAGGCA